CAACGGCGCCGACGUUAUCUGAUUAAUAAAAAAAAGGGAAAAAAAAAAAGAAGAAGAAGCAAUGAAUUCAUUUUUAAAACCUUUAUAUCCUACCAUUUCAUUCACAUUUCUCCUUUCACAAAUAAACAAAGCAAACCCCAAAAAGAACAAAUAAUCAACAGAGCUCUCUAUAGUUUUAUACAGACAAAUCUCUUCCAAUUCUAAAAUAUACUUGUAUAAGUAUAAUUCCUCAAGUUAAAGUGGAGAAAAAUGGAGAGAGAUUUCAUGGGUUUGAGUAGUGUAAAGCAAGAAGUUGUUGAAGAACCUACAGAUUCAGCACCUGCAAGAAGUUCAGCGAUGCAGUGGUCAUUCUCGAACGUCUCUGCUCAUCCUCAAUACCUCUCUUUCAAGAAUGCUCAAGAGGAUAAACCUGAAAUUGGUUUUGAUUCUCUUGCAUCAACUGGAUUGGUGACUAUAACCACAACUAAAGCUGUCGACUCGAGGCAUAGGACAUGCCCUGGUGUCACACGGAAAAAUAUGAUGCUUGAAAAGCAAGGUGGAACACACUACACAGCGACAGCUUUCCCUCCUCAUCACUAUGAUGCACACUCCAUGCAUCGAUUUCAUGGAGUCAGAGUGCUCCCAGUUGCAAAUCCGAUUUCUGUAUCUAUGACUAUGCCUGGUCAUAAGUCUUUUAUUUCUCCUGUUGGACAGAAUCUGAUAACUACUGUAAAUUCACUCCCUGGUGCGGGAGCUCCUGUUGCUGGCUCCACUUCAGUUGUUCCAAGUAGCAGCGCUGUCGUCGGCACCACUGAUUUAAGGGGUGCUCCCAAGACUCCCCCAGGUCCUGCCCAGUUGACCAUCUUUUAUGGUGGUUCUGUCUGCGUUUAUGACAAUGUUUCACCAGAAAAGGCUCAAGCUAUUAUGUUGCUUGCUGGAAAUGCACCACCUGUUACACCAAAUGCAACAACAUCUAUUCUAUCUCCUGUUCAGGCGCCUAUCCCAAAGUCUCCUGCUAUUGACUCUUUUGUUGUAAAUCAGUGCCAUAAUACAACACCUACUCUUGUCAGCCCCAUUUCUAUAACAUCCCGUGGUGGCUCGCAAUCUGCUGGAGUGACUAGUAAUACAAAUGGAGCAACUAUAAUCAAAUCAAUAGGAGUAGUGCCAUCUCCUUCUCUUAAAGCAGAGCCUUCCAAUGUUGCCAGUCCUGUAGGAUCUUUUCCUGCCCCCCUGGUCCCAUCAGCUGUGCCGCAGGCACGCAAGGCAUCAUUGGCUCGGUUCCUGGAGAAGCGCAAGGAAAGGGUAACAAGUGCAUCACCUUAUCCUCCCAACAGCAAGCAAUCCCCAGAAUGUAGCACUCCUACUCCAGGACUUGGUAGCAGAAGCCUCUCUAUGAACUCUUCAGGCUCAUGUUCUCCCCACAUUAUCAAUUUGGUCAAGUAGACGUGAAAUACCAAAGGCGGCAAAAUAAUGUUGACACAGAAAGAAGACUGUACCAGAAAAUUAUUUUUAAAGCUACUAUUAAAUUGCGUUCGUUUGGACCCUCAGUAGUUCUGUUUUUUCUUAGAUAUGAUUAUUCUAGGUUCCUUUUCUUGUAAUUGUGAUCGGAGCCUUUUCUCCGAUGAAAUACUACAAGCUUUUUGUAGGUUUCCAAAUUUUUGCCAAUGUAAAGAAGCAUUUUUUCCUCAAUAGUUAUUAUGUUGUCAGGA